UACGCACAGAAGCUCCUGCUUAGGGGCACUUAUAUGCACUAAAACAAUAUCUCAAAAGACUGAGGCAUCGGCGAACUGAAUGAAAAACAAAGCAGAUGAAAACGGGACGACAACUGACACCCGAGGGAGACUUUUUACAACUUUAAACGGUUUGAAUAUGAAGUAGGGCUCUGCGUAAAAGCUUGCGUAAUCGUGUGCAGACCAGACUAAGACUACAAAUUUUCAUAUUUAUUUAUUCUUUUUUAAGCAAAAAGUUUUGUAAGAUGAACACCUCAGAUAUUUUUUGCGAUUCCGAAUUUGCAAAUUCUUCCAACUUUUCGUGUGUGAACCGAACCGUCCCGUCGUACAGCAUCAUUGACAUCGCGUCUUUCAUGCACAUAUUCCCCACUAUCUACGGCAUCCUGUGUUCAGUUGGAGUUCUGGCCAACAGUUUGGUCAUCUAUGCUGUGGCAGCAUGCAAGAAGAAGAUGGUCUCUGAUAUUUACGUUCUGAAUCUGGCCAUUGCAGACCUGCUGUUCUUGUUGGUGAUGCCGUUCAACAUCCAUCAGUUGGUCAGGGACAGACAGUGGGUCUUUGGGCACUUCAUGUGUAAAGCUGUGGUGGUGGUGGACGUCAGUAACCAGUUUACCACAGUGGGGAUAGUGACUGUGCUCUGCAUUGACAGGUACGUUGCAAUUGUACAUCCUACAUCUGAAAAGAGAACCAUUCAGUGGACCAUCGUCAUCAACAUUAUGGUGUGGGUGGGCAGCUUCCUUCUGAGCAUCCCAGUCAUGAUAUAUGCUAAAGUCAUCUCCAAAAAGAACAUGGACAUCUGUAUGAUUAACCUGGAUGGGCCACAAGAUAUGUACUGGUACACGCUCUACCAGUCCAUGCUGGGUUUCAUUGUCCCCCUGAUUAUAAUUAGUACAUUUUACACUCUCACUUUGUACCACGUGUUCCGCUCCAUCCGGCGGGUCAAACGCAAGCAGUCAGUGUGGGCCAAACGGGCCACUAAGACAGUUCUGAUGGUGAUCGGCCUAUUCCUGGUCUGCUGGUCUCCCUACCACGUCAUCCAGGUGAUCAACCUUAGCAUCUAUCAGCCCACCACCGCCUUUGUGUACGCGUACAACAUCAGCAUCUGCUUAAGUUACUCUCACAGCUGCAUCAACCCCCUCAUGCUGCUGAUAUUCGCCCAGAACUACCGCGAUCGCCUCUGCCAUCGCAAAGAGCUACGGUCCCAGAUCAGCUCAUCCAAGACCACCGUCAAAACCGACGGAGGGUCUAGCGUCAGCCCGGACACCAGUCACCGUUGCACUGUCAUCUAACGCCCGCCGAACUUUGCCCGAUGUGCUACCUGAGGAAAACUUCAAGAAGGCCUGUAAUGCAACACUUGCUGCACGGGUGUCAGUUGCACUGUAGACUGUUUCUCAAAGGGGAAAACUGUGAAAUUAAACGCCACAGUGAACUUUCAGGAGGCAUGAAGGAGUGAGUCAGCACUCGACUAUAUGUUUGUGGUUUGUCACACUCUGGAAAAGUGAUUUUCAAUGUUUACUGUUACUUUAUCUAUUAUUUGUUGUGUAAUGUUAAUUUAUGAGUUGUGUUCACCCAAAAACUAAAGUUCUGUCAUCACGAGUCACGUUCUGUAUGACAUUUUGUGCUGUGAAACACAAGGAAAAAGGUUGAAAAAUUGUCAUACUUUCCAAGCAAUUACAAUGAAUAGAGAAUGAGGCUUGGGAACAAACUGAAAUUCAAGUGAGUAUCACUGAUCAUUUUCAUGAUUCCCCUUCAACCGUUACAAGUAGAGUCAUUGAAUCAGUGAGUUAAACUCAAGAACUAGAUCAGUUCAGUUUGUGAAUGAAUCAUUCAGAUUGGUUUAGUGAAUUGCAUCUACUGAUUCAUUCUAACUCAAAACGAUCCAUACACAAGAUUUGUUUUGCUAUAGUAUAACUUCAGUAUAGUGCACAAGUCAUUUGGACCACUUUUAUGAUACUGUUAUGGUGCUUUUUUUAACUUUAAAAACUUCAGUGCUUGUUCAUUGAAAAUGCAUGGCAUUGCGCAUUCAGUACAAUUUUGCAAAAACUUUUUUCUCUUGUGUUCCACAUAAUGAUCACAGAAUUUUCAUUUUUGGGCAAACUAUCACUGUAAAGACAAUUAAAAGUGUUUUGUUAUACUGUAUUGGUGGCUUUUGUUUGCAUUGUUGGGGAAUGAUAGACACAAUAAGAGAACCAUCAGACUUUUAUGUAGAUGUCAAAUAAAAUGUCUUUGUAAUAUGAAAUAAAAGCAGUGUUUUUGUGGGUAUGUAUCGUGCUGAAGUCUAUUAGUGAGUAAAAUAUGCAAAUAUUCUGAUCUAAGACAGGCAUAAUUGAUCAUAAAUAUGGCAUUCUGCUUUAAAUUUCACUUUCAUACAUGUGUAGAUAUUGGCCUAACUUUAAAGUGUUUUAGAAAAUAUAUUACACAUUUAAAUAUCUUAAAUGUCUUUGAAGUCUUGCUGUCAUGCAUGUAUAGCUGUCUGUUUAAUCUUCACUUAGAACACUGGACAAGAUAAAAUAACCCUGACUGUAUGAUUCUGAGCAUUUUAUUACAUGAAUUCACAAUGAUAUCAGUGUGAAAUUCUCGAUGUGGUUCUGUGUUUCCUUUUUUUCUAAGAAGCCCCUGCGGCCCAAGUGAGAACAGUCAUGUUCACUGUUAACGUGUGACACUUAAACUAUGUGUGACCAGUCACAUUUCAGUCUUGCCACCCUCAAUCAACACAUUAUGAUGCCUGGCAAACAAACAAAGAACUGUGUAUUAUUUCUCAUAAAAUAUAUUAUUGCGUACAUUGACAAAUGCCUUUUUUAGUAGGGAAGUCAGAGAGAAAAGGCAGAUGACAAAAUUUUAGGUCAUUUGCUAUUCAGGGAGAAAAAACUAUAUUUCAUGAUCACUGUUUUAACAUUUACAUCCUGUUUCUUGUCUGUCCGUACUGUCCUGAAGGCUUUUGUUUUUUUUGUGCUAUAAAUAAACUCAA